AUGGGUCAACUGGCUUCACAAAUGAAUGUACUCACAAGAAGCAGCUUACCAAGUGAUACCAUUCCCAAUCCAAAAAGGGAUGGUAAUGAAGAGUGCAAAGCGAUCAGUUUGAGAAGUGGAAAGCAAUUACCUGACAUUCAGAGGCCUAGUCAGACCGGCAAGGACAUCACUAACAGUAUGGCGACUGACCUUGAUACAAAUGAGCUUUCAGAAGAAGGUGGUAUAGUAGAAGAGGAAGAAACCAAGAAAAGGAAACAAACAGAAGAAAAUCUCACUGAUGUGGUUCGAGGAAAGAAGGUAGAGGGUGAAAUGGUUGAUGAUAAAAAGAGGAAGACAACUCCCCCUCUUGCUACACAGAUGCCGCCGCUUCCAUUUCCUCAAAGGUUCAAGAAGAAAGAUGAAGAUGUCCAGUUCAAGAAAUUUGUGGACAUGUUUAAGCAAUUACACAUCAACAUCCCGUUUGCUGAAGCAUUAGAGCAGAUGCCUAAGUAUGCUAAGUUUCUUAAGGAUGUUCUCUCCAAAAAGAAGAGAUUUGGUGAAUUUGAAACGGUGGCUCUGACUGAAGAUUGUAGUGCCAUCUUGCAGCGAAAACUCCCACCCAAACUGAGAGAUCCAGGCAGCUUUUAUAUUCCUUGUAACAUAGGCAAACACUUCAAUGGAAAAGCCCUAUGUGAUUUGGGAGCAAGUGUUAACUUGAUGCCUCUAGCUGUAUUUAAUCGAUUAAAUUUGGGUGAUGCAAGGCCAACAACAGUUACAUUGCUCUUUGCCGACAGAAGUAUCUCAUAUCCAAAAGGGAUUGUAGAAGAUGUCUUGGUGAAGGUAGACAAAUUCAUAUUCCCAGCUGAUUUCAUUGUGUUAGACUGUGAGGUAGAUUGGAAUAUCCCCAUUAUUUUGGGACGGCCAUUUUUAGCUACUGCAAGAACCCUCAUUGACGUAGAAAAGGGUGAGAUCACCAUGCGAGUAAAUGAUGAGAAGGUGAUAUUCAACAUGAAUCAAGCCUUGAAGUUUCCAGAUGAUUCUGCUCACUGUAAUUGUAUUGAUGUGAUUGAUUCCACGGUGCAAGAGGAGCUGAUUAACUCUUUGACCAAAGACCCAUUAGAAGCAUUGUUGAUUGGAGAAACAAGUAGUAUUGAUGGCAAGGUUGAAGCUUAUGCAGAAAUGAUGAGUAUUGAAGCGUUUCCGUAUCGAAAAGCUAAGACUUUUGAGCCUCUAGAUGUGACUAGUGCUUUGAGCUCUCCUCUAAAGCCUUCUGUGGAUGAACCGCCGGUGUUGGAGUUGAAGACUUUACCAUCACAUCUCAAGUAUGCCUACUUGGGUAAUUCUACCACUUUACCUGUGAUUGUUUCUUCUAAGUUGUCCACGUUGCAAGAAGAGAAACUGUUAAGGGUCUUGAGACACCACAAGAAAGCUAUUGGGUGGUCCAUAGCUGACAUCAAAGGGAUCAGCCCUUCUAUUUGUAUGCACAAGAUUUUAUUAGAGGAUGGUCACAAACCUUCUAUUGAGCAUCAAAGGAGAUUAAACCCAGUUAUGAAAGAGGUAGUCAAGAAAGAGAUCCUUAAAUGGCUUUCUGCUGGAAUAGUCUACCCUAUUUCUGAUAGUUCAUGGGUGAGCCCAGUUCAAUGCGUCCCUAAAAAAGGCGGUAUAACUGUAGUGGCUAACACCCAAAAUGAGCUAGUUCCAACUCGUACUGUGACUGGGUGGAGAAUUUGCAUGGAUUAUCGAAAGUUAAAUACAGCAACCAGAAAAGACCAUUUCCCGCUGCCAUUUAUUGAUCAGAUGUUGGAUAAACUUGCUGGGCAAGAAUUCUUUUGUUUCUUGGAUGGGUAUUCAGGAUACAACCAAAUUGUAAUAGCCCCAGAAGAUCAAGAGAAAACAACCUUUACUUGUCCAUAUGGCACAUAA